CCUUGGUUGUGAAGAGCUGUCAUUCGAACUGUCAUCGUAAACACGCGCUUCGUAAAUUCAACCCCACAACAGGUACGAAUCAACAUGGACGAACCGGAGAAUGGGCUUAAUUUUCACGAGCUAGAACUAGACGACCGUCUGCUGAGGGAUAUAGCCCGUUUGGGAUGGACCUCUCCUACCCUGGUGCAGGAGAAAGCCAUCCCGUUCCUGAUGGAAGGCAAGGAUGUGCUGAUUCGUGCCCGUACCGGUUCGGGAAAGACGGCCGCGUUCGCUAUCCCAAUCAUACAGAACGUGCUCCGGUACAAGCGCGAGGCGGAGGUACGUGCAACGACCGUACUUGUGAUGGCCCCUAGCCAGGACCUUUGCCAUCAGAUUGCCAAAGUGUUUGCCAGUCUGACGUACUCCUUCGGGCCUUUCCUGCGGAUCGUGGACCUUUCCUCGAAGGAACAGAAAGGAACACACCGGCAUCUGCUUGCCGAGCGGCCGGAUAUCGUUAUUUCCACACCGGCCCGAUUGCGCACCGUACUCGCCGAUGGAACGUUGAACGUGCGGGAUAGUCUUCGCUGCGUGACGAUUGACGAGGCGGAUCUGAUGUUUACGUUCGGGUUUGAGAAGGAUUUGCAGGAAGUGUUGAAGCAUUUCCCGCCGGUGCACCAGUCGGUACUGUGUUCGGCCACGCUGGAAGAGGAUGUCCUUAAGCUGAAGCAGUUGAUUCUUCACAACCCGGUAAUAUUGAAGCUGGAGGAACCACAUCUGGCGGUCGGCAGUCAGUUGAAGCACUAUCAAAUCAAUGCGGAAGAAGCUGAUAAGGCGGCGAUACUGUACACGGCGCUGAAGCUGAAAUUGAUCCAGGGAAAGUGCAUCAUUUUCGUGAAAUCUGUGAAUCGGUGUUACAGAUUGAAGCUGUUCCUGGAACAGUUUGGCAUUCGUUCGUGCAUUUUGAAUUCGGAGCUGCCUAUCAAAAUUCGUUGCCACACGGUGAACCAGUUCAAUCAGGGCGUAUAUGACACGAUCAUCGCUUCGGACGAACAAAUGACCGACAACCCAAAGCUGGUCAAGAAGAAAAAUGCGAAAAAGCCAACCGCCAAGGAAUUGCUGCAGCAAACGGAGGCGGAAUCCAGCGUCUCGCGAGGAAUCGAUUUCCAGUGUGUGUCGUGUGUGGUGAACUUCGAUUUCCCGUCCGACAUCAAUUCGUACAUUCAUCGUGCUGGCCGUACGGCACGUGGCAAGAACAAUGGAAGCGUUCUGUCGUUCGUAAGUGCCGAGGAGCAGGAAAUGAAGACGCGGGUCGAAGAAUUUCUACAAACACUGGCGGGUGAUGCAGAAUUCACGAUGAGCAAUUUCAACUUCAAUCUGGACGAAGUGGAAGCAUUCCGAUACCGGUCCAAGGACGCAUGGCGUGCGAUUACAAAGUUUUCGAUCCGUGAGGCUCGGAUAAAGGAAUUGAAGAUGGAAAUGUUCAACUCCGAAAAGCUGAAGUCGUUCUUUGAGAAAAAUCCACGUGACUUCCAAACACUGCGUCACGACCGACCCCUUCACACGGUGCACGUGCAGGAACACAUGGGUGACAUACCGGAAUAUCUUGUCCCGCCCGCUCUGAAACCGAUGGUGGACAUUAUGAACGCGAAACGGAAGCAGAAGAUGCUGGAAAGACAUGCGACUGCCAAGAAACGGCGAACGAAGGCGGACGAUCCACUGAUGGUGAAUGGGAUCGAUUACAAACAGAUAAACAUGUAACCAACACUGUUCUCUUUACUAUACAACACUUCCUUUCGGUUUAUUAAACAAAUCUACUUGCAAUGCCGA